AGAGAAUCAAGAUUAUGACGAUGUGAUAAUGGUUGGAGGUUGGCUGCAAGAGCAGGUCCAACUAAGUUUACAAUGCGUUUUUAUGCAUUGUAAACUUAGUUGGACCUAAACGCAAAUGAUAUUCAAGAAAGAAAAUUUUUAAAAAAGAACAGAUUCAAAACAGGUUUUGCAAUGAAAUGAUUUUGAUAUGUUCUGAAUUCUGAGCAAACAGUGCUUAUAAAAUUGCUGAAAUUUUGGAAUUCAAUAUUGUUGUGAAGAAGAUGUUAGUUGUUGCUGUUUAUUAAAAAAAUUUUAUUUAACAUUUCUAUUCAUGGUUAGCAAGCUAUAGAGAGAUCAACUUUGCCAAAUUUUAGGAAAUCUUAUGAAAUUUGUUUUCCAUAAAGUAUUCACUGUUAAAAACAAAUAAACAAAUGAAGAUUUUAAUUUGUUGUUUUUUUGACCCUGCGAUAAAUUAGAAAACAAACUACUUAUCGCAGACAACAAAAUACUUCCUUAUCAUCCAAAGAAAAAUAAUCUUUGUACUUUUAAAGCUACUCAAAGAUUACCCACUUCAUUGUCUUUAAAUCAGUCAUAUCACUUUAUUCAAGUUUUGGUGUUCAAGUUUAUUAGGUGCAGAUAUGAGAAAUCAUUUUGUAAAACCUGGUUAUCGAUCAAAAAGUUUUGCUGUUCCAAAUCUAGAGCAAACAGAGAAAGUAAAAGAAAGAUCAGUUAGUUUUAUGCUUCCACAAAAAGAAAGCUAUUAUCCAUAUUCUUUUAUAAAGCUUUCACCAAAACACGAUGAACCAUGUCUCGGGAAGUUUGAUUUGAAGAUAUAUUCUAACAGUGAAACAACUGCAACAAAUUAUGAAACCCCUUGUGAAAUAGUAAAUGAUCAAAUGGCAAACAUAAAAUGCAUCUUCCAAUAUUUGCCAUAUGAAAGUAGCGUGUUGGUGGAAUUACGCGACCUAUCAACUCAUUAUAAACCCAUUUGUUUCCAAGGUGUAAAGAUUCUACAAAGUUAUGAGGUUAUACUUGAAAUGAAAUAUCUAUCUUCCAUAAAAAAUUUCUUUACAGCAACUCACAACAUAGAGCGGAAGAAUUCCAAGGAUAGCACUGAACUAAAAAUUGGAGAACCAAUCAAAAUUUCGCUAAAAAAUAAAAAUCUUGAAAAAUUAGUAAUGAAGUUAAUUUUAUAUGAGUCUAAUAAACGAAACAAAUUGUUAGCUUGCGGAUAUGUUCAUGUAAAGGUAAAAGAUAUCACAAGCACAUCUGAAGUACUUGAGAUUCAAGAACCGUUUCAUCCUUCAUCUAAGAACCAGCUAUCACCAAAAGGAACUAUAUCUGGCUCAAUAGAGUGGAAUUCAAAUUCGAAUCAAAUCAACAUAAAAGUAUUAUCAGCUAGUACUGUAAAAUAUAACAGAAAAGAGUAUUUUGUAAAAGCAACAUUGUUUGUUGGAAGCGUAGAAAUAUCUUCAUUGAAGACAGAGUCAGCGCUAUCACAAUAUAAUGAAAUCAGAAUUCUUGAAAAACUUAGCUUCUCAGUUCCAUUCAAUGAAAAAAGAUCGGAAAUCUAUAGAACAUCCGUACUUCUUCAAAUGUAUGAGAAAAACAGAAUAACUAAUGAACUUUUUGGUAGAACAAUUCUUGGUCCAAACAUGGAUACCGAGUGCCGAAAAUCUAUAUAUUGUUGGCAUAAAAUUCUUUGUACUCCGAACAAGGAAAUUCAAUUUCGUGGGUUGCCGCUUUAUUUAUAAAACAAAUUUAUUUAAUAUAACUCAAAUUAAUAUUUA